AUGAAAUUGAUAAUUUUAUUAGCUGUCGCCACCCUGUCCAGCGGUGCUAAGCUGGACAAGACGUAUCUACCUCCAUCGAAUGCUCAAACAGCAGGUGGAGACAAUUUCUUGGACGCUCCGCAGUACGAAACCCAAAAUUACGGCGAACAGGACUACACACCUUCGUUUGAUCAAGAGCACAAUACUUACACUGACAGUGUGAAUUAUGAACAGAAUUCAUUUGUUGAUGCCCGCCCAGAAAGAACUCAAGCAGCGUUUGAAAGAAAUGCAGCUAUCCUUAGACAAGAGAAUGUAAACAAUGGCGAUUCAUAUUCUUUCGCGUAUGAAACUGAAAAUGGUAUUACUGCUGAAGAGAAUGGAGUCGCCACCAAUGGUGUGGAAGCUCGUGGAAGCUUCUCUUACAUUGGAGAUGAUGGAAAACAAUAUAGUAUAAGAUAUAUUGCUGAUCAAAACGGCUUCCAACCACAAGGAGACCACUUGCCCACGCCACCACCUAUUCCAGCUGAAAUAUUGAAAGCCCUGGAGCAGAACGCACGUGAUGAAGCUGCUGGCAUUUUUGACGAUGGUUCUUACAGCGAAGCUAAAUAUGAAAACAAUGACUACAGAGGUGAAAACGUUUACGCUAAUAAUGGAGAAAACAGGAAUACGGCUUUCGUAAGUCAAAGCGACGAUACGAUUGUGACCGAUUCAGCUGCUUUUAGAAAUCCCACUUAUUACGAAGAUCUUUCAACGCCUGCGUUUGAUAGCCAAGUGACCAAAGCAUAUCUACCACCAAGAUACGAUACCAGAAACCGAUACUGA